UAUGUGAAAGCUUGCUCACCAGCUUGUUAUCUGUUUCCUGUUACUAAAAUAUUGUUUACCAUAACUUGCAGCGUAAAUGAAACCGAUUCUUCUUUUGAAGCAAGCCGGAGGAGCAGAUACACAGUGGCUUACGCAGCCCAGAAGCCCUGGCUCCUGAAUGCCACAGUGGAGGAAAACAUCACCUUCGGGAGCCCAUUUAUCAAACAGAGGUACAAAGCCGUCACAGAUGCCUGCUCACUGCAACCCGAUAUUGACCUUCUGCCUUUUGGGGAUCAGACAGAAAUUGGUGAACGGGGAAUUAACUUAAGUGGAGGCCAGAGGCAACGCAUCUGUGUCGCACGCGCACUCUACCAAGCUUCAUGGAAAUUUGCACUUUGGAUGGUCCAGGAUGACCCAUUUUCUGCCUUGGACAUUCAUCUGAGUGACCACCUGAUGCAAGAAGGUAUCCUGAAGUUCCUCAAGGAUGACAAAAGGACUCUUGUGUUAGUGACUCAUAAACUGCAGUACCUACCGCAUGCGGAUUGGAUCAUUGCCAUGAAAGAUGGAACUGUGCAUAGAGAAGGGACACUGAAGGACAUCCAAAACAAUGACGUUGAGCUAUAUGAACACUGGAAAACUCUUAUGAAUCGCCAGGACCAGGAAUUAGAAAAGGAUAUGGAAGCGGACCAAACAACUCUGGAAAGGAAGACUCUCCGCAGAGCCAUGUACCCGAGAGAGUCCAAGGCACAGCUGGAGGACGAGGAUGAAGAGGAAGAAGAAGAGGAAGAUGAAGACGACACCAUGUCUACAGCGAUGCGACUCAGGACAAAGAUGCCUUGGAAAACCUGCUGGCGAUAUCUCACUUCCGGAGGAUUUUUCUUACUCUUCCUCAUGAUCAUUUCUAAACUGUUGAAGCAUUCGGUCAUUGUGGCCAUUGACUAUUGGCUGGCCCAGUGGACAUCAAAGAACCAGAACCAGAACCACACCCAGACCUUUUGUUCUACCGAAGGUUCCAUCGAAGAGAGCAAGAAUUGCUACAUAGCCGUAUUCACUGCCCUCAGUGCUGCAGGGAUCGUCCUUUGUCUUGUGACCUCCUUGACCGUCGAAUGGAUGGGUCUCAUGGCAGCCAAAAACCUUCACCAUAAUCUCCUCAACAAGAUCAUCCUUGGCCCAAUCAGAUUCUUUGAUACAACACCCUUGGGGCUGAUUCUUAAUCGCUUUUCUGCAGAUACAAAUAUUAUCGAUCAGCACAUCCCUCCAACGCUGGAGUCGCUCACGCGGUCCACCUUGCUUUGCCUGUCUGCUAUUGGGAUGAUUUCGUACGCCACUCCUUUCUUCCUAGUGGCUCUCGUGCCCCUUGGGAUCGCCUUUUAUUUCAUCCAGAAAUACUUCCGUGUGGCAUCCAAGGACCUUCAGGAGCUUGAUGACAGCACCCAGCUGCCUCUCCUCUGCCACUUUUCAGAAACAGCUGAAGGCCUCACCACCAUCAGAGCAUUCAGGCACGAAGCCAGGUUUAAACAACGCAUGCUGGAACUGACGGACACCAACAACAUUGCGUACUUAUUUCUGUCGGCUGCCAACAGAUGGCUGGAGGUCAGAACGGACUAUCUCGGGGCCUUCAUUGUCCUCACGGCAGCUGUGGCCUCCAUUGCCGAUGGACCCACUUCCGGACUCAUGGGUCUGGGACUUCUCUAUGCUUUGACGAUCACAAACUAUUUAAACUGGGUGGUGAGAAACCUGGCGGACCUGGAAGUACAAAUGGGCGCAGUGAAGAAAGUGAACAGUUUUCUCAACAUGGAGUCGGAGAACUACGAAGGCACCAUGGAUGUUUCUCAAGUCCCCAAAGACUGGCCACAAGAAGGGGAAAUCAAGAUUGACAAUCUGUGUGUCCGCUACGAAAACAACCUCAAGCCCGUUCUCAAGCAUGUCAAGGCUUACAUCAAACCUGGACAGAAGGUUGGCAUCUGUGGUCGCACCGGAAGUGGGAAGUCAUCCUUGUCCUUGGCUUUCUUCAGGAUGGUGGACAUAUUUGAUGGGAAGAUUGUUAUCGAUGGGAUCGACAUUUCAAAGCUGCCCCUCAACAUGUUGCGCUCCAGGCUGUCGAUAAUCCUCCAAGACCCCAUAUUGUUCAGCGGUUCCAUUCGUUUUAACCUGGAUCCGGAGUGCAAAUGUACAGACGAUACGCUUUGGGAAGCUCUGGAGAUCGCCCAGCUGAAGAACAUGGUCAAGUCGUUGCCAGGCGGCCUAGAUGCGGUGGUGACGGAAGGAGGAGAGAACUUCAGCGUAGGCCAGCGCCAGCUCUUCUGCCUGGCCAGAGCCUUUGUGCGUAAGAGCAGCAUCUUCAUCAUGGACGAAGCCACGGCAUCCAUCGAUAUGGCCACAGUGAGUAUCUUGCAUCCUGGCCCUGACAUAGGCAUGUUGCUGCAUGUCAGCAGAGCCUAUGUCUUUUUCAGGCACCGGGUCUCUCAAAUCCUGGAUGCCCACCUUGUCUUGGUCCUUUCAGACGGUGACCUUGUCGAGUGCGACAGUGCCUCCAAUUUGCUCCUCAAAAAGGACGGCCUGUUUGCCAUUUUGGUGAAAACCAACAAAUAGACGCUCUUGGCCGCAAGACUCUUCCUUCUGCAUCGGGUUCACACCAUCCUGACGGCAGACCUGGUCAUUGUGAUGAAACGGGGGAACAUUUUGGAAUAUGACACACCAGAGAAUCUACUGGCUCAGGAAGACGGCAUCUUUGCAUCUUUCGUGCGGGCUGACAUGUGAAGAAGACACUACGUUGCACGUUGUUGGCUUUUUAAUGGCUAAUUUUU